GCUUGAGGGGCCAGUUAGCUAUGUCUACUGAUGAAGCACUUCUAUUCCAGCUCUGUCUCCGAGGACCUGGGCUGUAGACGGGGAGAAUUCAGCCGAAAACAUUAUGGAUCGGUAGAGCUGCUCAUUUCCAGUGACGCUGAUGGAGCUAUCCAAAGAGCUGGCCGGUUCCGUGUGGAAAACGGCUCCAUUGAUGAGAAUGCAGACUAUGCCCCUGGUACGUGGCGCAGAACAGAUGUGCACUUGGAAAACCCAGAAUAUCACACCAGAUGGUACUUCAAGUAUUUUCUAGGAAAAGUGCAUCAGAACUAUGUAGGCGCAGACGCAGAGAAGAAUCCUUUCUUUCUAUCUGUCGUGCUGUCUGACCAGAACAAUCAGCGUGUUCCUCAAUACCGUGCAAUCCUCUGGAGAAAAACAGGUACUCAGAAAAUAUGCCUCCCUUACAGUCCUACAAAAACUCUAUCUGUGAAAUCUAUUUUAAGUGCCAUGAAUCUCGACAAAUUUGAAAAAGGCCCUAGAGAAAUUCUUCACCCUGAAAUUCAGAAGGAUUUAUUGGUUCUGGAAGAGCAAGAGGGCUCAGUCAAUUUUAAGUUUGGAGUUCUUUAUGCCAAAGACGGACAGCUAACAGAUGAUGAAAUGUUCAGCAAUGAAACAGGAAGUGAAAGCUUUGAGAGGCUAUUAAGCCUCUUGGGCGACAACAUUACACUGAAGGGCUGGACUGGCUACAGAGGCGGACUGGACACCAAAAAUGACACCACAGGAAUCUAUUCCGUCUACACGGUCUACCAAGGGCACGAGAUAAUGUUCCACGUUUCGACCAUGCUUCCAUAUUCUAAAGAGAACAAACAGCAAGUGGAAAGGAAACGGCACAUUGGGAAUGACAUCGUUACCAUCGUGUUCCAGGAAGGGGAAGAGUCUUCUCCAGCCUUUAAGCCAUCCAUGAUCCGCUCCCACUUUACACAUAUUUUUGCCUUAGUGAGAUAUAAUAAGCAAAAUGAUAGUUACAGGCUGAAAAUCUUUUCAGAAGAAAGUGUGCCUCUCUUUGGGCCUCCCCUUCCAUCCCCACCACUGUUUACGGACCACCAGGAGUUCAGGGACUUCCUGCUGGUGAAAUUGAUAAACGGGGAGAAGGCCACUUUGGAAACCCCAACAUUCGCUCAGAAACGGCAGCGCACUUUGGACAUGUUGAUCCGCUCCUUGUACCAGGACCUCAUGCCUGAUAUGACCAAGAACAUGCUUAACAGGAGGUCCUUCAGCGACGUCUUACCCGAAUCCCCCAAAUCGGCUAGGAAGAAAGAAGAAGCCCGUCAAGCUGAAUUUGUUCGUCUUGGCCAGGCUCUUAAACUCAAAACCAUUGUGAAAGGCGAUGCCCCGGCAAUUCUCGCCACCACAAGCCUCUGCAAGAAGGAGCCCUGGGAAUCUCAGUGCUUCUGCAGCAAUUUCCCUCAUGACGUCAUGUGCGCCGAUUCAUGGGGCCAGUCAUUGCUCAUCUCUACAGACGUUGGGGUCCUGCUUAUGGACGAUGGCCAGCCUUCCAUCCUCGUAUUUGAUAAAACUCUGCAAGUCAAACAGAUGCACGUAUUGGAAACUCUGGACCUACUGAUUACUAGAGCAGACAAAGGGAAGGACUCCCGCCUCCUCGUCUUCCGGCUGAGUGCCGUACGGAAAGACAUAGAAGCGAGACAGGCCAAGAGCAAAUGUGACUGCCGGGAGAACAAGCUUGAGAAAACAAAAGGCUGCCACGUAUAUGCCAUCAACACCCACCACAGCAACGAACUGCGGAUAGUCGCUGCCAUUCGGAAUAAGCUACUCCUCAUCACCAAGAAGUACAAGCAGUGGGAGAACCCCAACAGUGCUCCGUUGACGUCUCCUCAGUCGGACUCUCCUGUUGAGGAAUUCCAGUACAUCAGGGAGAUCUGCUUGUCGGACUCUCCGGUUGUCAUGACCCUGGUGGACGGGCCCACGGGAGAAAACGACAACCUGAUUUGCGUCGCCUACCGGCACCAGUUUGACUUGAUCAACGAGAGCACGGGCGAGUCCUACAGGCUGCAUCACGUUGAAACGAGCAGGGUUAAUUUUGUUGCAGCUAUUGAUGUGUACGAAGAUGGGGAAGCUGGCCUCCUCUUGUGUUACAACUACGUCUGCUACUACCGAAAAGUGUGCCCCUUCAACGGGGGUUCGCCUCUGGUCCAGCCCUCAGCAUCUGACUUCCAUUUCAGCUGGAACCAGGUUCCCUAUGCUAUUGUUUGCGCUUUCCCUUACAUCUUGGCCUUCACGACCGACUCCAUCGAGAUCCGGCUAGUGGUGAAUGGGAACCUUGUCCACACGGCCGUGGUCCCUGCACUGCAGCUGGUGGCAUCAAGGUCAGAUAUCUAUUUUAAAGCUGCAACGGCAGUGAGCGAACCGUCCAACAGCAGUUCCAAGGAGACCAGUUCGCCCAGUUCCCCGCAGACGCCCUCAAUUCAUGAGAUCCCGGUUUUCUCUCCUUCCGCAGCAGAAGGUGAAGUCCUGUGCAAAAACAUUUACAAAAUUCCUCUCAGCAACCUGGUUGGCAGGAGUAUUGAACGCCCACUGAAGUCCCCCCUCGUCCCAAAAGUCAUCACCACCCCAACAUCAGGCGGCAUGGCCUCCAUUCCCACCGUUCCUUCCUUGUCGUUGCCACGCAUGGAAAUCAAAGAGAUUGCAUGCAGGACUCGCAAAGAAUUACUGGGCCUCUUAGAUGAGCCUGCCCCCAAGUCGGAAGGUGGGCAGAAGCAAAAGAAGGCUGCUCCAAAAUUGACAGACCCCAAGCAGGGAACGCUCCGGUCGACUAGCAGCGAUAGGCUGGUUCCCAGCUCUUCUGAAAGCACUUCUGAGGAGCGCCACUUCUCCACCAGUUCGGACCCCGACACCACCACACAGGAAGAGAGCCCCCCCUCCGGUGGCACCCUCCUUCUUGGAGCCUCCUUUGACGAAGACACCAUUGACUUGAAAUGAAGGCGGUCUGGACAC